CCCAGUAGAUAUUUUAUGAGGGUAAAAUUGAGGAGAGUUGUCACUUCCAACAUUUCUGAGAAGUGGAGCUCAUCCCUCAACUUCUACACCUCUUGGUGCAGAAGUGCCAUUAUUGCUUGAAAGAGCUUCAGGUAGAAGCUUGCUUGAAUUAUCUUCUCUUCAGUUCAGCUUUUGCUGAAAGGCAAUGGAUUGGGCCAGCCUUGUUCCUGUGGGCUUACUGUUCAUCCUAAUUCUCCUGCUGAUUCUGAAAACACAACAUUUCUGGAGGAGCCAAGUGAAAUUCCCCCCAGGACCGCAGCCUUUACCCAUCAUUGGAAAUCUGCACAUGAUGGACCUAAAGAAACUUGGCCAGACAAUGCUACAGCUUUCUGAAACGUAUGGCCCAGUCUUCACAGUUCAGCUGGGACUGAGGAAAGUGGUGGUGCUGUCAGGAUAUGACACAGUGAAGGAAGCUUUGGUGAAUCAUGCGGAUGCAUUUGCUGGGAGGCCUAAAAUACCAAUCAUAGAAAAAACAGGAAAAGGAAAAGGAGUUGUAUUUUCUCGUGGAGAAAACUGGAAAGUGAUGCGAAGAUUUACUCUUACAACCUUACGAGACUUUGGGAUGGGAAAGAAGGCCAUAGAAGAUCAUGUUGUAGAAGAGUACGGAUACCUGGCAGACGUAAUUGAGUCACAGAAAGGGAAGCCCCUUGAGAUGACUGAGCUGAUGAAUUCUGCUAUUGCUAAUGUCAUUGUGUCCGUAUUGCUUGGAAAGCGGUUUGACUACGAAGACCCCAUAUUCAAAAGGCUUGUGUCACUGAUGAAUGAAAAUAUGAAGCUUUUUGGAAGUCCAUCAGUGUCGCUGUACAAUAUGUUCCCCAUCCUUGGAUUCUUCCUGAAGGACAAAAAGAAUUUUCUUGAGAAUUUAAAAGAAGUCAACAAUUUUAUCAAGGAUACUUUCACAAAGUAUCUCAAAGUCCUGGACAGAAAUGACCAGAGGAGCUUCAUUGAUGCUUUUCUUGUCAGACAACAAGAGGAGAAUGGAAAUGAAAAUACAUUUUUUGAUGAUGUAAACUUAAUUGAGGUCGUGAGAAAUCUGUUCAUAGCUGGCAUGGAUACCACAGCCACCACUUUGCGCUGGGGCCUUCUGCUCAUGAUGAAAUAUCCUGAAAUUCAGAAAAAAGUCCAGGAAGAGAUAGAUCAAGUGAUCGGAUCAAACCUCCCAAGAACCGAGCACCGAACUAAAAUGCCAUACACAGAUGCUGUUGUGCACGAAAUUCAGAGGUUUGCUAAUAUCCUGCCAUUGAACUUGCCUCAUGAGACUACCAUGGAUGUCGCUAUCAAAGGCUAUUUCAUUCCCAAGGGAACCUAUGUCAUCCCCUUGCUCAACUCUGUCCUGCAAGACAAAACCCAGUGGGAGAAACCGUGCUCCUUCUACCCUGAGCAUUUCCUCAACUCGGAGGGGAAGUUUGUAAAGAAGGAUGCUUUCAUGCCUUUUUCAGCAGGGCGGAGGAUCUGUGCUGGUGAGACUCUUGCCAAAAUGGAGCUCUUCCUUUUCUUCACCAGCCUUCUGCAGAGGUUCACCUUCCAGCCUCCUCCUGGAGUUUCCCCCUCAGACCUGGAUCUCUCUGCCACCACUAGGUUUGUCGUUGCCCCAGUCACUCAUGAGGUCUGUGCAGUGUCACGUUCCUAGGGACUUUUAUCAGCUGCCUUCUUUUCCUGGGACACUCAGAUGAAAUAUCUCAGUUCACCUCUAUUCCCACCAGGCAAGCCUGGUACUUCUGAAGCUAGUAGGUGAUUUCUUGCCCAGGCACACCUUGACUCGUAGCAAGAGGUGUGUCACCCACCAUUCCAAAAGUUCGCAGUCCUGACCUUCUGCCACUCAUUGAAUAAGCAAAUUGAUGGUCCCUGUGAGGAUGAAUGAGUCCAUUCCGCAUGUUCCCCUCAAGAAAAGAGCCUGGGACCAGACUGUGCUGACUCUGUGUCCAGAGCUCAUGGGGUGU